CAACUCUCUCUCUCUUUCUCUCAAAAGGCACUGUCUCAAAAACAAGUUCGAUCUGAGCCUUCUGUUCCUUUGUAAUUCUCAAAAACACUUGCCUGCUCUACCGCAAGAGAUCUCUAAACAUCAACACAGUCAUGUCGUUACUACUUCCUUUGUGUCUGAUUAUCUCCAUGGUUGCCUAUUCAAAUGCGGCGUACUGUGUGUGCAAAGACGGAAACGAGCAAGUACUUCAAAAGGCAAUAGACUACGCUUGUGGAGCAGGAGCUGAUUGUACUCAGAUCCAGCAAAACGGAGCUUGUUACCAGCCUAACACCGUCAAAAACCACUGUGACGUCGCCAUCAACAGUUACUACCAAAAGAAAGCUUCCUCCGGCGCUACCUGUGACUUUAACGGCGCCGCUGUCCUCUCUAGCUCCGCUCCAUCAACGGCUUCAAGCUGUUUAACUGGUUCCAGCUCUAGUGGGACCCCAUCUACUGGGACCCCAACAACAGGGACACCAAGUACCGGGACUCCAAGCACAGGGACCCCAAGCACAGGGACACCAACCAGUGGCUUCCCAUCCACUGGGACUCCUUCAACCGGAACUCCAACCACGGGGACUCCCACCAGUGGGAUGCCCAACACUGGGACUCCUUCCACUUCCACUGGGAUGCCAACUUCCUCUUCAUCAUCGGUGUUCCCGGGCACUACACUUGGACCAACCGGGAGCGGCGGACUAGAUCCAAGCGCUGGAGUGACGUUAUCAGUCCGUAGUAACACGGUGUUCUUCUUAAUAGCCGGUGUAGCUAUGAUGCUUGUGGUUUAGAAAGACAUCAUCUCAUAUGUUCUUCUCACACGGUUGUAAUGAGAUUUUGCCAACAGGUUAUGGGUUGCGCAAAUCUCUCGUCUUUGUUAGUGGGAUUUCCUUAGUAGGUUUGGCCGAGACACAUGUUUUGGUUCGUAGCUAGUAACUUGGGGAUGUACAACUUUAAAACAUUGAGUUUUUUCUUUAUUAUUGUAAAUCCGGAGGAUGUAAUGCUCUUUUGUUUCCUUGAAUCUUUCAUCUUUCAGUACGUACCACCAUGUCUCUCUAUUUAUCAAGAUGACAUACAUAAAUGCGGUUACAAUGACUUGAGAUUUUACCUUGAUACCUAAAUAAAACUACAAUUAGC